AUGGAAUCAAAUCACAAAUCCGGGGAUGGAUUGACCGGCACACAGAAAGAAGCCGCCCUCCGUGCAUUAAUUCAGCGAACGGGAUAUAAUUUGAUCCAGGAAAAUGGGCAGAGGAAAUACGGAGGCCCACCACCCGGCUGGGACGGCCCUCCGCCGGAGAGGGGGUGCGAGAUCUUUAUUGGGAAACUGCCCCGAGACCUCUUUGAAGAUGAACUUAUACCACUGUGUGAAAAAAUCGGCAAAAUCUAUGAAAUGAGAAUGAUGAUGGAUUUUAAUGGCAACAACAGGGGCUAUGCCUUUGUGACCUUUUCAAAUAAACAGGAGGCAAAGAAUGCAAUAAAGCAACUCAACAAUUAUGAAAUUAGGAACGGGCGUCUCCUUGGAGUCUGUGCCAGCGUGGACAACUGCCGCCUGUUUGUGGGAGGGAUCCCCAAAACGAAGAAGAGGGAGGAAAUCUUAGCAGAAAUGAAGAAAGUCACAGACGGAGUCGUGGACGUCAUUGUCUACCCUAGUGCAGCUGAUAAAACCAAAAACCGGGGUUUUGCUUUUGUGGAAUAUGAAAGCCAUCGGGCAGCAGCAAUGGCCAGGAGAAAACUGCUCCCAGGAAGGAUCCAGUUGUGGGGCCACCCUAUAGCCGUUGACUGGGCAGAACCAGAAGUGGAAGUGGAUGAAGACACCAUGUCAUCGGUAAAAAUUCUCUACGUGAGGAACCUCAUGCUCUCGACCACUGAGGAGACCAUAGAAAAGGAGUUCAACAACAUCAAACCAGGCGCCGUAGAGAGAGUAAAGAAAAUUAGAGACUACGCCUUUGUGCACUUUAAUAAAAGAGAAGACGCGGUGGAAGCUAUGAAAGCCUUUAAUGGGAAGGUGCUGGAUGGGUCCCCCAUCGAGGUGACCUUAGCCAAGCCCGUUGACAAAGACAGCUACGUCAGAUACACCCGGGGCACAGGUGGCAGAGGUACUAUGCUGCAAGGAGAAUACACCUACACCUUUGGACAUGUCUAUGACCCUGCUGCUGCCUACCUGGGUGCUCCAGUUUUCUACGCACCCCAAGCCUACGCAGCUAUCCCCAGCCUACACUUCCCUGCCGCCAAGGGGCUCAGCAACAGGAGCAUCAUCCGGACCCCAUCCAUCCGAGGGGCUGCGGGAGUUAGAGGACUGGGAGGUCGUGGCUACCUGGCGUACACGGGCCUGGGGCGUGGAUACCAGCUCAAAGGAGAAAAGAGGGGAGAGGAUAAACUCUACGACCUGUUGCCAGGAAUGGAGCUCACGCCGAUGAACCAUGUCACGCUAAAGCCCCAAGGGAUCAAACUUGCUCCCCAGAUCUUAGAAGAAAUCUGCCAGAAAAACAACUGGGGCCAGCCUGUUUACCAGCUCCACUCUGCAGUUGGCCAAGACCAAAGACAGCUCUUCCUAUACAAAAUCACCAUCCCGGCCCUCGCCAGCCAGAACCCUACCAUCCAUCCCUUCACACCACCCAAGCUCAGCGCCUAUAUCGAUGAAGCCAAAACCUACGCAGCAGAAUACACCCUUCAGACACUGGGGAUUCCCACAGAGGGAGCAGAGGUGCCUCCUGCAGCACCAGCUUUUCCAGGAUACACCAUUGCUAACGCAGCAGCGACCGUCACAGCGACUCAGCUCAAACAAGCAGUCACUAUGGGACAAGAUUUAGCGACAUACGCGGCGUAUGAAGCCUACCCCGCUUUUGCAGUCGCUGCACGCAGCGAUGGCUAUGGAGCGUUUUAAUCCUGUCUUUAAUAGAGUUCCCUUAAACUGAGCAUAGGCAGGAAAAAACAAAACAAAACUCAGUCUGGUAAUUCUUACACCCUCAUGAUUUUAAAGUAAUCUGUCGCCUAAAGUUAGAUUUUAGUUGGAGUUUCUUUCAUUUAGUUCUUUAGUU